GUGGUUUGCGCCCCCUCCGGCGGGUCGGAGCCCCAGCGCGGGAACAGGGGGAGCAGCCAGCGGGCGCGCACGGCGGCGGCGGCGGCGGCGGCGGAGGGGCUUCCCUGCGGCGCGGUCUCGCCAGAUCCGGGCCGGCGGAGGAGGAGGUGGAAGAGCGCGCGCAAAAAUUUGGUGGUUGAAAUGAGCUUGGGGUGACUGUAGAGAUGAGCAAGAUGGCUUCUCCGGAAAUAUCUCCUGCCACCGAAAAUCAGCUUUCCACUGACAUGGACGAUCUCUGCAAUUCACUGCAAGCGGAGAAGGAGAAUACGCAAAAGAAAACCUUCACUAGCUGGGUCAAUUCGCAGCUGGAAAAGCAUUCUCCUCCCUCUGCUAUCUUGGACUUGUAUACAGAUGUUGGGAAGGGACAUGUUCUUUUGGACCUGUUAGAAGUGCUUUCUGGACAACAGCUGCCACGAGAGAAAGGAUGUAAUCCUUUCCAGUGCAGAAGCAAUGUUGAAAAUGCCCUCAGUUUCCUCAAGAACAGAUCGGUCAAGCUCAUCAACAUUCACGUCGCUGAUAUCAUCGAAGGAAACCCAUCCAUCGUGCUGGGCCUCAUUUGGACAAUUAUACUGCACUUCCAUAUUGAAGCAUUAGCUCAGACUCUGGCUUGUGGUGACAAUCGUCCCUCUCUGGACAAUGCAAACGCCGUUGGGUCGUCACCUGCAGCGAGUCCAUCUGCUGAAAGAAGCGUGAAGGCGAAAGAGAGGUGGAAGAUGUCUGCGAAGAAGGCUCUGCUGCUCUGGGCCAAGGAGCUGUGUGCCACGUACUUGGUCCAGGUUGGGGCUCUAGAUUCUCUGCUGGUCAGAUCUCAGGUGACGAUAAGCAGGGAUUUUCGGAUUCUGGACGGUAACUGGAUGCAAGCACUACCAAGGAAGUCCAGGGUCACUUAUACAAAGCUGCAGCGCAAUAGCUAA